AUGUCAAGCGCCAAUCCUCCGGCCACUGCGACAUCCGGCCCUCGACCUGCGACACCCAUGAGCAAUGGAUCCGCAAACCAUCCGGUCGACCCCCCUCCUGUCACGAAUAGCCACCCGAAUCAUGCCCAUGAGACCCGGCCGGCUCCUGCGCCCCCCGCAAACAUGGCGGGCAAAAAGGGCAAACCGAAGAAGGCACCCGAGCCGAACGAGGCUAGCAAGCUUAUUGCUGCCAGGAUCACACAACUUGAGCAAGAUGCCGCUGGCGAAAAGGACCAGGAGGCCGAAAUAGAACGAGAGGUUAAGAAAGCUAGCAGGGAGCUACACAGCCAGACCUCGCGGAUGAACGACCUCCAAAAGAUCGAUCAUUUGACCAAACGAUGUGCGGACUUGCUGGCUGAGAUGAAAAGGCUCGAACGCGAGAGCAUCAAAAACAAGAAACGAGGUGACCAGCUACAGAAGGACAAGGACAACAGCCGCAAUGAACUCAACAAGACAACAUCGCUGAAGGAGAAGCUUGAGAAGCUCUGCCGUGAGCUGCAAAAAGAGAAUAACAAGCUCAAGAACGAGAACAAGACAUUAUCGGAUACGCAGGUUCGAAGUCAGAACUCGUGGGAUGAGAGGUACUCUGCUCUUCUUCGUCGAAUGGACGACUAUCAGGAAGAAAAGGACAAUCCGCGCAAGCAAGUAGUGGACAUGGAAAUGGAUGAAUUCUUUCGCCAGCGGUUCAAGUCUCUGAUUGAACAGUACGAGCUGAGGGAACUCCACUUCCAUGCGCAAAUGCGGACCAAGGAGCUCGAAGUCCAAUACAACCUCGCUAGGUUCGAGCGUGAAAAGAAGAACUACGAGGCCGAAUUGGCGCGAUCAAGGCAGCUGAACGCCCAGGUGCAGACCUUCUCAAAGACGGAGACGGAGCUGAGACAACAACUCAAUGUCUACGUGGACAAGUUCAAGCAGGUUGAGGACACGUUGAACAAUAGCAACGACUUGUUUCUUACAUUCCGCAAGGAAAUGGAGGACAUGUCUAAGAAGACGAAACGCCUCGAGAGGGAAAACGAGAACCUCAAGAGAAAGCACGAGCAGGUGAAUGGCAACAUCCUCAAGAUGGCGGAGGAGCGGAACAAGUACUUGGCCGAGAUCGAGGACCUCAAGAAAAAGUGCGAGAAGCUGAAUGGCAUCAUUAAACAGAUGCAGCAGCAGGGCCGGGGGAUCCCGCAAGGGCUGGCUGGCGCGGUUGAAACGGGCUAUGCGGAAGGUGAAGGAGAGCUUGAGGGGGACGAGAGCGAGUACGAAGACGAGUACGACGAAGAAGGAGAUGAGGAAGUGAGUGACGAGGGUGAUGAGUACGACGAUGAAACUGAGGAUGAGCAGCAGAUGCAGCAGCAUCAUCAACCCCAGCCGUACGGGCCCGAGCGGCCGCCCCCUCCUGCUCCCGCUCCUGCCCCCGUUGCCACCAAGGCCGCCCUUACCGCUAAUGGCGCCUAUCAACUUUGCUAG